CUGAGGAGGAUCGCAGGACUGCAGACCGCCUUUAACAAGCAGCGCACCGGGCCUCCUCCUCCGCCAUGGGGAACCACGGCUCGAGCCUGGACGACAUCCUGGCCGAGGACAUGAACCACUGGUACAACAAGUUCAUGAAGGAGUCUCCGUCAGGCCUCAUCACGCUGUUCGAGCUGAAGGCCAUACUCAACCUGAAGGGCUUGAAUGAGGAAGCCAACCGCUGCGUGGAGCAGGUCUUCUUCACCUUCGACAUGGACGGGGAUGGCUACAUUAACUUCGUGGAGUACAUCGCAGCCAUCAGCCUGAUGCUGAAGGGAGAAAUCAACCAGAAACUGAAGUGGUACUUCAAACUGUUCGACCAGGACGGCAACGGAAAGAUCGACAAGGAGGAGCUGGAGACCAUUCUGCAGGCCAUCCAAGACAUCACCCAGAACAAAGACAUCGACCCUGAGGAAAUCGUCUCGCUCAUAUUUGAGAGGAUCGAUGUGAAAGGAGAAGGUGAGCUGACCCUGGAGGAGUUCAUCGAGGGAGCCAAAGACCACGAAGAUAUCAUGGACAUGCUGAAGACCCUGAUGGACCUGACGCCGGUCUUACUGAAGAUUAUUCAGGGCCGGACGGGAAACAGCCAAUGAGAGAAACGUGGAAGCAGUGAGCUGUGAUUGGCCGUUUGGAAAGGUUUAACAUUACAGAGAGGAAGCCUGGCUGAUGAUGGUCAUGAUGGACUCUGUGAGCUGCAUCUGCCAAUCCCCUCCUGCUGCAGGUCCCCCUGGACCAGGAGUUUGUGGUGCCACCAAGUCUUUCUCUUGUAUGUGCUAUAUGUAUGGAACCAACACCACUGCAGUGGGAACAAGGUCUCAUAUUCCUUUGCCAUAGAGAACCUCAUUUAUCCAACAUUUUGCUAAUUUCUGCUUCAACUAUUUAGAAAAUGUGUCGCACUGACGCUGGACUGAGAAUCAGAAAGUUGAGAUACCUGAGGUUGAGUUUUAACAGCAGCAUUAAUAAAAACAACUACCAAUAAUAAUAAUAAUGAUAAUAACUAAUA